UUAAUCAUAUGGUCGACUGUCAAAAAUUUAAAUUAUGUAGCUUAUUUGUACCAGCUUAACAUAUUUAUUGUUUAUUUAUAAUAUGUAAUAAGCAUAAAAAAUGAUUGUAAAAAUAAAUAUACACUAUGAACUGUAAACGUUGGUGGAAAUAACAUGUGGAUAUUUGGUUAUGGAUCACUCAUAUGGAAAGUCGAUUUUCCAUAUGAGAAAAAAAUUUUAGGGUAUAUUAAAGGUUUUAAUAGAAGAUUCUAUCAACUUAGUACUGAUCAUAGAGGCACGCCUACAAAUCCUGGAAGGGUAGUUACUCUUAUACCCUCCAACGAAUCAUCUAAAUUCUAUUUAUUGAAGGUGUAUGGAGUAGCUUACAAAAUUCGAGAUUGUGAUAUAAAAAAUGUUGUCAAUCAUUUGGAUUAUCGGGAAAAAGGAGGUUAUGAAAAGAAAAUUUUGAAAUUUUUUCCAAUAUCAGAAGACGAACAACCAUUCGACAUCACCAUAUAUUUAGGCGAUCACAACAACGAGAAUUACGGAGGCCCCGCAGAUCUGAACGAUAUAGCUGUACAAGUUGUUCGUUCAGUUGGUCCUAGUGGUCCAAAUAUUGAAUACGUUUGCAAUUUAGCCAAUUCUAUGAGAACUUUUUUUCCCUUUGUUAAAGAUGAUCAUUUAUUUGAACUUGAAAAAAAAGUUUUAAAUUUAUUAGAAGAAAAAUAACGGACUACGAAACUUGGUAUUCUUUUUUUGGGAGUUUAUCAUAUAUUUCUAUAUUUGUGAUAUAAACUUAAUCAUUAUAUUUGAAUAUGUAGUUUCAUUUUAUCUACUUUUUUACCAAAAACCUGAAUGUUUAAACUAAGGUAUUCAGUUAAUACCCAACAAGAGAUAGGCACUAAAUAUAUACACUGAAAAAAAAACUGAAAUUGAUUGGCUAAGGUAGUACCAGGUAAAAUUAAAUCCAACUCCCAUGCUUCAGAGAGGGGCCUGUAUCUUAUAAAAAACGACUGUUUAUGGAAUUUGUGUAUGUUGAAUAGAUAAUAUAAUAUUUAAAUAUUUUCACGAAACUUGGGGUGUAUUAUGGGAAGAUCAAUUAUUAGUAUCUUUUAUUUAAAUUUCACAAUUCCCGCUAAUACUAGCAACUUAUAAGAAACUGCUACGUCCAAAAUCGAUUUUAUUCAUCAAUGUAUUCUCCUUCAAGAGGCAAUACAAUUAUUCCAACGCUUCUUUAACUUCUCGAUGCCGUGCUUUUAGAAGAAUUUGUCUUUUGCCUCAAAAUAGGUUUCAGUUUCAUCAAUUGCCAAUAUUUUUUGAAAUCAGCGAAUAGCUAGUAGUUACUGAAGACCAGAUUUGGACUUUAGUGUGGAUGAGGAAGCAAUUCGAAUGUAAUUAGUUAACCAUCGACUUGUUAAUUGAGGCAUUGGUGAAAUAGUGGUUUUUGAGACCGUUUGUCCUUGAUGUUUAUAUUCAAACGAUAUAACAUCUCUAUGUGGUAUUCGCUAUUGAUUGUCUCUCCAUUUUGGAAAAAGUCAAUGAACAAUAUUCCAUGCGUAUCCCAAAAUACUGAAGCUUUAACCUCCCCAACUGACUGUUAUGCCUUUGGACACUUUGGACGUGGUUCACCGGCUGCAGAUGAAGAUCGUUUUGAUUCCGAAGUGAAGUGAUGGAUCCAUGUUUCACCCAUUGUAACAUAUCGACGCAAGAAAACUGAUUUAUUACUUGUAAACAUUGCCCUGGAUCAUCAACACGUUGUUUUAGCAAGAAGUUUUCUCAUGGUUAAAUGUUCAUGAAUAAUUUGCCUUUUGAUAUAUACGACCUCAGCUAUGUUACGAAAUUUCAAUUUACAAUUAGAUAUAAUUACCAAUUUGUAAACAUUUUACUAAGUAACCUAACCAUUUGAACUACUCUACUAAAAAGCUAAGAGAUUUUGAAUUCAGUUGAAGGAUUAUUAUAUUUGGAUAGUAUGAGGAAUAAAGAAAUUUAUAAUUGAUUGAUUUGGCACAGUUGUUCAACUCAUGUAUUAUUUGAAAUAAGUUUAAAAAUAUAAAUAAAGAUUGAACUUCUUUUAUCUCCCCGUAUAGAAAAAUGGCACAAUUUUGUACGAAUAAAUCCUUGGUUGUGAAACUGUAAACAUGAUAGUAAAAAAUGAUUUAACAAAAAUCUGUAAUAACCUUCCUAUGGUUAUUUUCUGAGUCACUUAUUUUUUAUUUUCUGUGAUAUUUUGAAUUCAAUGUUUUUCAUUGAUCAUUCCAUUUACGUCCUAUGUUAACCUUUAAAUGUCUUCCAUUUUAUGUAUAUUUACAAUGGAAAUUUUAUUUAUAAAACUGCAUUAAUAAUUUUUCAAUUUGUUUUAGACGUAACAGUUUUGUAUAAAAGAUACAUAGUUACAGAUAUCUUUACAUAUUCAUGAAACCCAAAAAGAAAAAAA